CCACCUCCUCCAGCCGCCAGGGGGCGCUGUGGGGCGGAGCAGCGAGAGGCGCGGGUGGUGCGGGAGCGUCGCGGCGGCCCAAGAUGGCGCAGCCGGUACCGGCGGGGGAGCUGCCGCUGCCGCAGCUGGAGCUGCUCAAGGGGCAGCUGGACCAGGAGGUGGAGUUCCUCUCGUCCUCCAUCGCCCAGCUCAAGGUGGUGCAGACCAAGUACGUGGAGGCCAAGGACUGCCUCAAUGUGCUCACCAAGAGCAACGAAGGGAAGGACCUGCUGGUGCCGCUCACCAGCUCCAUGUACGUCCCCGGGAAGCUCUCGGACGUGGAGCGAGUCCUCAUUGACAUCGGCACCGGGUACUAUGUGGAGAAGUCAGCCGAUGAUGCCCGGGACUUCUUCAAGCGGAAAAUCGACUUCCUGACAAAGCAGAUGGAGAAGAUCCAGCCGGCGCUGCAGGAGAAACACGCCAUGAAGCAGGCUGUAGUGGAAGUGAUGAGCCAGAAGAUCCAGCAGCUCACGGCCCUGGGCGCAGCACAAGGAGCCACCACCAAGGCGUAGCCUCCACCCUCACCCUGGGAUGCAGCAGAGGCCAGUGGGGGGGGGACCUGUGGGGCACUGCCCCCCUUUCCCUACCUCUCCUCGUCCCCAUUCCCUGCUGGCUCUGCCCAGCAGCACCGGAGCCCUGUUUUUGUAAGCAGCAUGGAAUAAAUGGGACUUCUCAA